GAGAGAUCCGUGAUACACAUCAACAAACAGGCGGUUCAAGGGACACACAAAAAGAGAAGAGAAAAAAAUGGUCACAUUUCUCAGGCACCUGAAAACGUGCCGGUUAUUUUAGGACGCGUGUUGCUUAUUGAUGAGCGGGGAGUGUUUAAACUACUUCCACACUGGCCGAUGUUUUGAUGGUGACUGUACAUGGCAAGAAGCUGAACGCUGUGUAACCCAGAGGAGCCUUUACAUUCACACCUGACCACAGCCUGGCAUCACACGCUGCGCAGACGGAGAGCAGAAGCGUCCACUCGCCGUGGGAACGACCCGGACCUUCCAGACACUUGCUUUUAUUCCACUUUAACGUUUCCACCGUAGCCUUCUGCGUUUCUACCCCUUUUUUCAUCUCGCUGACCGGGUUUGCUCCGGACCCCCGAUGCCCUGCGCGCACUGUCGGUGUGAGCUCGGGGAAACACUCUCUAUGUGGCGGCAGUUCAUGACUCUUUCACCCGUUUCAACGAAGCUCCUCGGUGGCAAGCAGAGGCAGUGCGUCCAGCCCUAAGCGCCCACAAUUACACACUGUAGCACGGAACAUCACAACGAAACCGACCGACUAGGAAACAUGGAAAACAGCCCUGGUGGUGGUGUCAUCCUGUACGCCGGCUCGUCCGGCAGCGCCAGCCCGAGCCCUGGCAGCCCGUCAAGCGGCUACCAGACCCAGUCGCCCUCCUCCCACUCGCAGCCCUCGUCCCCCGAGGGGGGCUCCUUUCAGGAGAUCGGGGCCCUGAAGCAGAGAGGGGAGCGCGGGGGAGGCACCCCUUCCCCGAAGAUGGUCUUCCAGUUUCCCGACGUGAACAGCGCCCCGGUCGCCCAGCUGACGGCGGCCUCGUCGUCGAGCUACAGCCACCCGACGGCGGCCAAGCGGCCCUGCGGCUUCACCGGCACCUUCACCAAGACCGGCGGCAUGGUGCUUUUGUGCAAGGUGUGCGGUGACAUCGCGUCGGGGUUCCACUACGGCGUCCACGCCUGCGAGGGCUGCAAGGGCUUCUUCAGACGCAGCAUCCAGCAGAACAUCCACUACAAGAUGUGCGUGAAGAACGAGAACUGCCUCAUCAUGCGCAUGAACCGGAACCGGUGCCAGCACUGCCGCUUCAAGAAGUGCCUGUCCGUGGGCAUGUCCCGAGACGCUGUGCGUUUCGGCCGCAUUCCCAAGCGGGAGAAGCAGAGGCUGCUGGACGAGAUGCAGAGCUACAUGAACAGCCUCAACGAGUCGGCGUCCGUGGACAUGGAGGUGUCGCCCCCUCCCGACGGCGCCCGCAGCCCGCAGCGGCAGGCCGCCGACGGGCUGGGCUCGGCGCCGCCGCCGUACGGCGCCGACGAGAAGCCGCCCAAGAUGGCCGCCGGCAACGCCAACGUGGGCCCCGCCCUGUCGCACGCGGCGCCCAGUGGGCCGCGAGCGGUCCAGGGGGAGCAGACGGGCCUGACGUCCGGGUACCGGCUCCACAAAAGCUGCCCCGUCGUCCACGGCAACGAGAACAUCAACGAUAACAUCGACAACAAGUACAGCUACACCUCCAAUCAGAACCAGUGCCCCGUCAGCCGCGGCUCGUCGUCACAGUCCUACUCGGCCAAUCAGAACGGCUUCCCGGCUGGCGACGCCCGGGGCCACGCCCCCUGCCCCUGGAAGCUGAACGGCGGCGCCAAAGUGCUGGCGUGUCCACUCAACUCGUGUCCCGUGGCGCCGUCCAGUCGCUCCAGUCAGGAGGUGUGGGAGUCCUUCUCCCAGUGCUUCACUCCUGCUGUUAAGGAGGUGGUGGAGUUUGCGAAGAGCAUUCCAGGCUUCCAGACCCUCAGCCAGCACGAUCAGGUCAUGCUGCUCAAGUCCGGCACCUUCCAGGUUCUGAUGGUGAGGUUCUGCUCGCUGUUCGACCCCAAGGAGAGGACCGUGACCUUCCUCAACGGGCAGACGUACUCCCUGGCGUCGCUGAGGGCUCUGGGCAUGGGGCUGCUACUGGACGCCAUGUUUGAUUUCAGCGAGAAGCUGGGAUCUCUGGGACUGGAGCCCGACGAGAUGGCGCUGUUCAUGGCGGUGGUGCUGGUGUCAGCUGAUCGCUCUGGAAUAGUCGAGGUGGGAGCCGUGGAGCAGCUGCAGGAGAACCUAAUAAAAGCCCUGCGCUCCCUCAUCACGAGUCGGCGCCCGGACGACAGCACGCUCUUCCCGAAGCUGCUGCUGCGCCUGCCGGACCUGCGCACGCUCAACAACCAGCAUUCUGACAAACUCCUGGCCUUCCGCAUCGACCCCUGAGCCACGGCCUGCAGCUUCAGCCAGGCGCCGGCCUGCAGAACCCGCCGCCCACGCGAGCCCGGCCUGCCACGAACAGUCCGCCGGCCUCCGCGUGUCGGACGGCGGCGGCGGCGGCGAGCGUGAGGCUGCGAGCGGACUCGGAACAAUGCCAGCGAAGGACGGAAGCACAGCAGGGGGCGGAGGCUCCCGAACCCGAACCCAUUUCUCCUCCAGCUGCUUCCAGGGUUACUCAAAACCAUAACAACAUAUUCUGUGUUCUUCCUCGAGUUGUUUUCGUUUUCAAGUCGACUUCGGACCACACGGUUCUCGUCUCUCCCUCCUCGAGUUUGUAGAGAACAUUUUCACUCUGGAGACCAAAAAUACAGCAGGAGCCUGUUGUUGCUCACUAGACUCUGGCGCCGUCGACCGCAGCUCACCGAGCCAGCAAGAAGAGAGCACAUAUUCUUGCCCAGAGGAAAAAAAAAUGUGCAUGAGUUUUGUUUUUUACUGUACAUUCACGCAUUUGUGUAAAAUCCACUUUCCAUACACUGAGAAACCUCGUAAAUCAAUAUAUAAGAUAGCAAUAGAAAUGUCUACGAUACGGUUGGGAGAAUGUUUUGUGUUUUGCUCUGUUGAAAUGACAUAAGCUAUUUUCAUGUCAUGUGGGAAAUUGUUAUGAAAAUCACCCAUUUGUGAUUGAGAUCUAUAUAACAUUUUUAAGAAAUGAGAGUAAGUUGCAUUGUACCUGUUUGCGGUAAUCAUGGAGAAAUUAUUGGUCAUUUUAGACCGUGUCUGAUGGCUUAUAUGUUUAAUUGUCCUGCUGUACAUUUUGUAUAUAACUUUUGGUUCGUACCCUUUAUUAGAUUGCAGGUUGUAGGUUAUGCAGAUAUGUAAAUGAAGUAAGUAUUGAAAUGACUGUAAGACAUUUAAUGCAUUAUUCUACAGACUGCAAAGAGAAAGCAGCGUUUGAACCAUGAGCUUGACUAUAAACCUUUUAUUUGAAGAUAUAUGAUUAAAAUAAAUGUAUUGUCACCUAA